GCUCUUGCUCUAUAAAUUCUAACAACCAGCAAACCAUGCGAGAGAGGGAGAGAAGGGGACCAACCAAUGGCCAGGCUCCAACUUCUUCCUGUCUUUGUUAUGCUUAGCCUCACCCUCUCUGGCGUUGCCCUUGCUCAUGAUUCUGCCACCAUCAUUAGCAGCGAGGCUCUCAAGACAAAGGACUUUGUCCUUACAGGCCGUGUCUAUUGUGACACAUGCCGUGCCGGCUUCGAGACCGAUAUCACUUCAUCCAUGCCUGGUGCCAAAGUGAGGUUGGAAUGCAAGCGCUAUGGCACAGAUGAGCUCACUUACGAGGCCGAGGCGACGACACAGCUCUCGGGUAUGUACCAGAUGAUAGUCCCGGACGACCACUCGAAUGACCAGUGCUCAGUGGUGCUUGUGAAGAGCUCAUUCAACAAGUGCACCGAAAUCGAGCCAGGCCGGGAUCGUGUCCGGAUCACGCUUGCUCAGGAUGGCGGCCUGCUUUCCAACAGCCGCCAGGCCAAUGCCCUUGGCUUCCUCAUCGAUGAGCCAUUGCCGAGUUGCGGCAAGCUGCUCCAGAAAUAUGGCUUUGCAAAUGAUGAUGACUAAAAGAGAGGAGAGCAGGAGAGGCUACAACUACAAUGCUCACAUUGUAUGCCUACAAUAACAAAAGGCAAUAACAAUGACAGUUAACAAUAAAAGCAUGGCUAUUGUGAAAAGUGGCUGAACCUUGUACAAUGAGUUAUGUAUGUGCCCUAUGUGACAAGUGGUCCUGUAUCCACAUUACUUGAUUUAAUAUUAUCUUGGCAGUCUACCAUAUUAUAAGUUGGUUCUUCC